AUGUAAAUGCACCAAGUCUUUACUUUUCUUCUUUUACUUUUAAAGCUGAGCUGAAAGUAACUACCCUUUGAAAAGUUUCCCAAACAAUGCUGUUGUUCCUCUUCCAAAAAUGUUCUUCUUCUCCUUCUUCUUCUUCUUUAACUUUGUUCUCUGUCUUUAUUCUCCUUUUAGACAUUGGAGAAGCUGUGAUAAAGUUGCCAGAGAAUGUGACAAUACCGGCGGUGUUGAUGUUUGGAGAUUCAAUAGUGGAUACAGGCAACAACAACAAUCUUGAAACAAUUUUUAAGGUCAAUUAUCCUCCUUAUGGCAAGGAUUUCAUCAGUGGAAUACCAAGUGGGAGAUUUUGUAAUGGAAAGGUCCCCUCAGACUUUUUUGUGGAGGAAUUGGGAAUUAAAGAGCUCUUGCCAGCAUAUCUUGACCCCAAUCUGCAAUCUGAUGAUCUCGCGACUGGAGUGAACUUCGCUUCAGGGGGUGCUGGAUUUGAUCCUCUAACAUCUGAGCUUGCGUCAGUUAUAUCAUUGUCAGAUCAGAUAGAAUUGUUCAAAGAAUACAUAGCAAGGCUGAAAGGAGUGGUUGGGGAAGAGAGAACAAUCACAAUAUUGGCCAACAGCCUAUAUGUGGUAGUAGCAGGAAGCAAUGACAUUACAAAUACCUACUUCAAUAACCCUAUCCGAAAAUUGCACUUUGAUGUUCCUUCUUACACUGAUCUUAUGGUCAACUCUGCUUCCAACGUUGUCCAGGAGUUAUAUGGAUUGGGUGCACGAAGAAUUGGUGUAUUUGGUGUGCCACCAAUAGGAUGUCUGCCAUCACAGAGAACUUUGGCGGGAGGACUCCUCAGAAACUGUGCAAAAAUUUACAAUGAAGCUGCAACAUUGUUCAACACAAAGCUCUCAGUCAUGCUAAACUCUUUAAACCACAAGCUUCCCCACGCAAGGAUGGUCUACAUUGAUGCAUACAAUCUCCCUCUCGAUCUCAUUCGCAACCCUAGAAAAUAUGGAUUUGAAAUUUCAAACAAGGGUUGCUGUGGCACUGGUAUUGUAGAAGUGGCAUUUUUGUGUUCAUUCACUUGUCCGAAUGUGUCCGAGUAUGUGUUUUGGGAUAGUUUUCAUCUAACAGAAAAAGCAUACAGAAUCAUCGUCCAUCAAAUCCUUGAGAAAGACAUCCUCAACUUCAUCUGAUCAAAGCGUUAAUAUUCCCCUUCUAAUUAAUAUAGUCAGCGGUUUUUGAAUAUCUUGUCGUUUUCAGGGCAUCUAUGAAAUUGCAAUGGCAUUGUGAAUGCCUGAUUUUUUAGUAUUGGUUUUUUUACUGCAAAGAAAUGUUAGAACUAAUCAUAUAGCUCUCGUCAUUUGAUUAUGAUUUAUGAGUGUAAACCAUAGCUCAACUUACUUUUCCCUAACAUUCAUUGAUGUAAACAAUUGAAUUACCAAAGGCGCUGUUUGGGAA